GUGUCUUAUCCUUCUGUGGUAGUGCCACGCGGCUUAACGUGGAUGGUGUGGAGGAGGAAGAAAGAUGGACGUAGGAUAUUUCUCUUGGCGAGGGGUCCAUCGCCGUCUCGUUGAAUGGGCGUGCAGCGUGCUUGCUCUGUUUUGGUCCCACGCGCACCAAGUAUUCGUUGAAAUAACCCACAGGCAUGCGGGCAUAGAUUUGGUGGUCUAUAGGACGCAAGUAUUUGCUGAGAUGAUCUUGCACCUAGAUGCACCUUAAUAAUAGUCAUCGUCUUCAUCGUUCCUUCCUCCAGUGAAUCUUCUAACUAUGGCUCCUAUCACUCCCAACAGCACGAACAGUGCGAAAAGCUCGAACCAACCUCCGAUUUUCCAACCGCCACUCUCGGCCCAGCCACGAAAAAUGAGACAGGAGACCAACCCCAGCCACCAUAAAAUGGUGAACCAAAUCCAUAGCCAUCAAUGAGUGGAGGUGCCACUGGGGGCCCGUUUGGGCACGCUCGCGUCUUCCUCCUUUGCUGAGCUUCGUCCUGCCGCUGCCGCAACCCCUACCUCGCGUCUUCCUGCUUCGCUGCUCUCCCUACAUCUCCCUUUUAUCUGGUGGUGCGGUUCUUCUUCUGGGUGGCUCCUCAAGCGGUUUCCAUUGGACCUGGAAUUCUUCCUGCGUUUUUCCUCCCUACGGCGGUUCUUCUUACUCUCGUCCCAAAUUCGACUCAAAGAAGGUACAAUCAUAGGGCUUUCAUCUCGGAAUUCUAUUUCGCACAGGCUUCUCCGUCCAGAAUCUCAUUGUCUCCGGCUUCUCUGUCCAGAAGCUGCCCAAGUCCACCAUCAUAGCCUUCAACGCAGAGUCGCAUGCCACAGCCAACCAGCGCAACUCAGCCGGUUUCUCAUGCUAUAUUUUGGAUUUAAAAGGUGGUGACUCUGAACCCAUAUUUGCAGGGCCUAUCCACUGGUGGUAAUUCGAAAAGCAAGGCAACAUCAUUCACAAGGGAGGGGAGAAAAAAACUUUUCGUUGUUCUACAAAGUGCAAGAGGUUCAAGAGGUGAAUGAAUGAUGAUAUGUAACUAUUUUCAAUAAAAACAGAGACAAAAACUGAUUGUGCUACAUAGAAAAAUACAAAACUGCUUGUUUUAGGAUGAGACUAUGAAGACGCCCAUCAGAUUGUUACCAGUCGUUCGCCACACCGCUCCCUCCUUAUCAUGUGCAUCCUCUUGUUCCCAGUCGACCACUCAAAUUGCCGAUAUUGAUGAAGUUUGCAGGCUGAUCAAUGACCACCCAUUUCCAGACGAGCCCUUAGAGCCAACCCUUCGUCAAAUUGGAAUACCCAUCUCAUCCUCCUUCAUCGACAACGUACUUGGACGCCUAUUUGCUGGUCACGCGAAUGGGUUCAAGGCUUUGGAGCUCUUCAACUUUGCAAGGCGACACUCUGAGUUCAGGCUCACUUCAGAUUUAUUUGAGAAGAUGGUUCACAUCCUUUCACGAAUGCGGAAGUUUGAUAAAGUGUGGGAGUUAUUUGAUGAGAUACACGUGAAGCAUCCGUCUGUGAUAAGUCUCAAGUCAAUGAGCAUUGUCUUAGCACGUUACUGUCAGCACCAAUCGUUUGAAGAAACACUUGAAGCUUUCAGUAGGAUGGAACGCUAUGUCGGCGAGCACACCGUUGAUACCUACAACGUGCUUCUCUACGCAUUUUGCACUCAAAAGCACAUGAUGGAAGCUCGAGCCAUCUUUCGUAAGAUACACAGGCGGUUCAUGCCGAAUACGCAGACCCUGAACAUCUUGCUCAUGGGGUUCAAAGAAUCCAGAAAUCUUAUCGCUGUGGAGCUGUUCUAUCAUGACUUGGUACGCAGGGGUUGUGUUGCCAACACAGUAACCUAUAAUAUCAGAAUCGAUUCCUUUUGCAAGAAAGGCCGUGUUCAUGAUGCACUAAGACUGCUAAGCGAGAUGGAAGAAAAAAACUGUUCUCCUACCAUUGAGACUUACACUACAUUAAUUCAUGGUUUCUGCAUUGCUCGAGAUCCAGUUAGGGCUCGUCAGAUAUUUGAUGAAAUGGAGAAUCAUGAUCUGAAGCAUGAUUCUGUAGCAUAUAAUGCGUUGAUAAGUUGUUAUGUUAGAUUUGGGGAUUUGAAAUCAGCUGUAGACUUGAUGGAUGAAAUGGAGGGGAGAGGAGUUCGGCAUGAUGAUGUCACUUACAACACUUUAUUCCGUGGUUUGAGGACUUUAGAUUCGAUAGGUGCACUCUCUAAGCUCUACCAGAAGAUGAUUGAGAAAGAAUUUCUACCAAAAAUGCAGACAGUCGUUCUGCUGAUGAAAUCUUUCUGUCAGAAUGAUCGAUGUGAUUUAGGAAUUGAUUUGUGGGAUUAUCUAAUUCAAAAAGGUUGCUGUCCUCAUGCACAUGUACUUGAUCUGUUGGUAACGAGCCUAUGCUCUAGGGGUAAGACAGGCAGGGCUCUUGAAUGUCUUUACGAAUCAUUGGCAAGGGGACGCCAUCCAAAUAAGCAAACGUUUCAAGUUUUGCUGGCCUAUCUUCAGGAAGGAGGUGACGAAGACAAAUUGAUAGUUGUUAGAGAGAUCAUGAAAAAGUUAGGAAUAAGUGCGUGAGGACAGUUCUAGUGACAUUUUCUGCUCCAUUUCCGAAAUGGGUAUGGAUGGACAGCGGCAAGGGUAUGGAUGGACAGCAGCAAGCCUGACUUUUCCAGUUUUACUUACUGAAGAAAUGUUAUUAUUUGAAAAUACUUUUGUUGCUUUCAAGCUUGGCUGGUCCUGACUCAACAUAGACGUCUUUCUGAUGUUCUCUUGGCAUGUCAGUUCAUCGCCGGCAACAAUUCUCAUAAAUUUCAUAUGAUAACUAUAAGGCAGUUAGGGAGUAAUAUAGAAGUAUAAGUAGACCUCCCUACCCAAGCUCUGACGGGUGAGGCCCCUGAAGACUGCUAGCAUUCGCUUGGAAGUAGAUAAUUGAUCCCUUCAUAUAGCACACAACUGUUCAAUAGAAGGAUAGAAGGGUGUACUGUUCAAUCAGAAGUGGAGUAAGGAGCUUUACAGAGGUUUGAAGCAUUUUUAUUGCAAAAGGAAGGAACCCCUCUUUCUGUGGAAUUAGAAAGAAAUUCCUCCAACAAUCAGAUCGACGAAGUCAAACGUAAAUCUGGCUUUACCAAAGCAGGAGCUGUAUUGACUCCUGAAAGAGGAAGCAGUAAGCACAGAGGCAGUCAACUCAGUAUUUUCAUCAAGCAAGCAAGCCCCUUCCGCUUGACUGAAGCUAGCCUUUCUGGUGAAACGGCAUGGGUUUGACAAAAAAAAAUCAGUUUCUCAUCAAGAAAUGCAUAUGUAGAAGGAAGGGACACCUAUGUACGAGAAAGUUAGGUAAGUGGCGAAGCAGUAUGCUACUAACAGAAGGGAAAUAUGUACUGCUGCUACUCAAUCGCUAGCAGACAGUAUGGAACUUCAACAGAAUGUUGAAGCAUUUACUUGCAAGAAAGAAUCUUCUUCUAUGGAAUUAGAAUCAGCAGAAAAUAAAUCUGAUCUGACCAAGUCAGGUGGUGCAUGGACUCCACUAGAGGGAGGAAGAUAGGCCCGGAAAUUCUCCAAUCAGAUAUUGGUGGUUUCUUAUUUUCUGUUUAUUAUUAGAACUUUAAAUUAAUUAACAAUGUGCGCUGCCCUCUUUGUGGAUUUGAAUUAAGCAUUAGUACAAGAUCUAGGGGUGUUACUUA